GUUGAGACGACAUUGAUGAACGUGCCGACGUGCGAACUUGAAGAUUCUGGCGGUAGCGAUAGCGCGAACAGUCUCGACGAUCUCUGUGGGCGUCGUCCUGCCACUGAGAAUGAUCUAUACGAUCGGCAUGAGGCGACUACCCAUGCGAGGGACCAUUAUAUGGUGCCCACUCGAAGUCCGCGUGAGCUCAACGAGAGGAUUCUGUCGCUCUUCAACCCGCAAUUUCUGCCAAACUUCAACAAUAUGGUCACGUACAUGGCCGCGCAGAGUCCACCACCGCGAUCUCAGUCCAUGGCCCAAUACAACAGCGAGGACGACAAUUUUCUGCUUAAGGACAGGAACUAUCGUAAACGCGAAAAUGGCACGAACUCGGUGUGUUUCCGACGCGGACUGACUCACGAAGCGCCGCGGGAGUGACAACGUACUUUCGCAUCGGCGGAUGAAGCGAUUUAUUCUAUUUACGGUUUAAUUACGAGCAACAUCUAGCAACAUAACUUUGUGCACCUAAGAAACUCGCAGUGCCGGAAGUGAGAAAUAAUUAUGUAUCUUUUACAACGUCACGAAGAAGAUCCGGAAAUUGUAAUAGACAUGGUACUACGUGCAGCGAAACCCCUUCCCACUUUUUUCCCGUAGCUUCAUAAUGAACGCAGCUGGAAAUUGCGUCGGAAAAAUGCGACCGUUGUUACGUUUCAUGUAGCGAAACGUAAAAUAAUUGAAAUAAUCUCGUGAUAAGCCCAUCUACUUUUUUAUGGUAUUUUCAAGCUUUGCCAAGUAUUGUCCGUCGCGCGAUUCCAUAAAAUGCAAAUGUGGAAUGAUUCUGUAUAGGAUUUAAUUUGAAGUCUUUUUCUUUAUUUGUCUCAAUGAUAAUGAUAAUGAUAGAAGAGUCGAAUGUAAGGAAAAGCCCACAACAACGAUGACCGAGAUUGAACCGUAGUAAUGUAAUGAUGUGAUACCAUAUGAGGACUGUGUUCGUAGCAGUGGCCUGUUAGGUGCUUAGACUGAUGCAAGAUAAAACGAAAAACACUGUGUAGAGACAUUUAAGUAUUCGCGCGAGAGACGAGGCGUGCCUUCCGUGUAUUAAUUGUUGGCAGAUCUUGAUCUUUAACAGGAACGGAGUGUUAAUAUGAUCGGUACAGAUUCGGGCAAGUGCCUCAUUUAUGCGUUUUGUUUAAGAUAUCCAAUAGGACGGAGCGAAGCAUAGACAGAAA